AUGCCUCAACUAAACCCAAACCCCUGAUUCUUCAUCAUACUAAUCACAUGACUUGUAUUUGCAUUAACCAUCCAACCCAAACUUUUAUCAUUUAUUAGCCCAAACCCCCCACUCAACAAGUCAUCCGCCAAAACUAAAACCACCUCAUGAACUUGACCAUGAACCUAA